AUGUCCCAACUAAUUACCAUCAACAGAAACGAUUAUAAGAGCGUUAACAACUAUAUCCGUCAGGCCUUCAGAGAGAUGACUAAGAAGAAAACUAGACAACUUCUUACGGCCUACUAUGACUGGUUAAGAAAUGACCCCGUGGAAGAUGCACAAGCCCUUCCUUUGAAAGCCAUGGAUAGGACAACGUCCAUGAAGAAAGGUAAAACAGAUAUCCUUGUGUUCAAUGAAACAUAUAUCGCUUUAUUGUUACCAUUUGUUAGGAAGUAUCGGGCUUACUGUGAACCAUUAUUGGAUAUAGCAGCAGAUAUGAAGGAUUUGAAUAAGAAGGUGGAUGGCCAUAUCACAUUCGGUAAUACCUUGACAGAAAGAGAUAUGAGGUUGUUAAGGUCGAUUUUCAGAUUAGUGAGAGGUACAAAAGGAUGUAUAAAUGUGAUCAAGCCUGUGAAGAGAGAGAGAGAGCAGGAGCAGAAGCAGGAGCAGAAGCAGGAGCAGGAGCAGGAGCAGGAGCAGAAGCAGAAGCAGAAGCAGAAGCAGAAGCAGAAGCAGGAGCAGAAGCCAAUGGAGCCACUUUCCGCUCACAUCGUCCCGGACUCUCUCAUUCAAGACCUCCAAAACAAACUAAACGGCCUGGUCGUCUCUGUGGAGAUCAUCAAAUCCACUUAG